CUUACUCCCGCUCACCCUCUCCAUCGCGCGGAUAAUAGCUCCGUCGGUUCUCGUCAAACACACCACUCUCUUCAUGAUGGACACGGAAAGCACCUCGCGCCGCGUCGAGAAACGCAACCGGCCGCCGAUCUCGUGCGAAGCAUGUCGGACUCGAAAACUCAAGUGCAGCCGGACGCUGCCCUGCGACUCGUGCGUCCGGCGCGACAAGGCGGCGUCGUGUAGCUAUGCCAGCAACGCCGUGCGGAGUGGCGGCCGGCCAAGCGGCAGUGGCAACGGGGCCAGGUCUGCAAAGUCGAGGGACCUGAAGGACAGGCUGAGCUCCCUGGAGACGCUGGUCUCGUCGUUCCUCGCGCAGGGCAAGGCCCAGGAGACGAGCCUCCCGGGCGCGUUGAAUGAAGCACUAGUGGUCGGCAAGAAUGGCCUGCAGUCUAAAAUCGACAUGACGGCGGACAAGCUCAGGCAAACGUCCAUGUCCUCCGGGUACACACAGAACCGAAAGAUUCUGCCGUCUCCAGCCAGUCAGGCUGCUACGACAGGGGCAGGGACAUCAGACGCGGUGCAGACAGCAGUCAACUACGUCGAUCCAAGCCACUGGUUGUCCAUCCUCGACGACAUCAAGGAGGUUCGCGAACACCUGGCCGAGACGUCGGACCACUCUGCAAGCACGUCCUCGGCGUCGCACACGCCUGACACGGCGACAGCGAGCGAGAUGCCUAGCGGCGGGUCAGAUGCCAGUCUCUUGCUGGGAGGGGUGCCAGGACUGCAGUCCUCAGCCACGUUGGACGAGAUCCUCGCUCGCCUGCCUGCCAGAUCGGUCUGCGAUAUGCUGUUGUCGUGGUACUUCAACUCACAGUUCAUGGUUCUGGGGGUCUUGCAUCCUGCCCAGUUCCAAAGCGAGUACCAACGAUUCUGGAUGUCGCCCAGAACAACCUCACCCCUCUGGAUCGGCCUUCUCUUCGCGGUGCUGGGCAUUGCCACCUGUCUGCGGACCAUCUCUGGCAUCACCUCGGAGGCCACGGACAAGGACACGACGGCGACCGCCGUUGCCUCGAUCCCCACGUUCCAGCAGAGCACCUUGCAGUGCCUCAGCCUCGGCCGAUAUGCCACGGCUAACGCGCACGCCCUCGAGGCCUUCCUCCUCCACCUGCAGGUCACCUUCAUGGGCCACGCCCUGGCGGCCGUCUCCUCGCCCUGCGCCGCCGCGAGGCUCAGUAACAACACGGCCCUGAUCGAGGCGUGGUUCCUCAUGGGCACCAUCAUCCGCCUGGCCUUCCGGAUGGGCUACCACCGCGAAGACCCUUCGCUCUCUUCGGCCCCGCAGCCUCACAACAAUGCCAGCAACGGCAGCGGCAGCCGGCAACCCGGCGCGAAGCGCGUGACCGUCUUCGAGGCCGAGAUGCGCCGCCGCGUCUGGCUCAACAUUUUCCAGAUCGACGCGCUGCUGUCCUUCCAGAUCGGCCUGCCCAGCAUGAUCCCCCAGGACGCCUGCGACACCAGGAUGCCCCUGAACCUCGACAAUACCGACCUCUUCCCAAAGAUGACGGCGCUCCCGCCACCCAAGCCGCUCGAGCAGCAGACCUCGGUGCUGUACACGAUCGUCAAGGCGGGCGUCAUGGCCGUGUUCAAGAAGAUCACGGGGCACACCAUGGCGCUGCCCCGCGGCGAUGGCGGCGGCGGCGGCGGCGGCGGUGGUGGAAACGAAGAUGAGCACACCGAGGAAAGGUAUACGGCCGAGCAGCAGUAUGAUCGCAUGACCGCCGCUCUGGACGCCGAGAUGAGGCACGUGUAUAGCAGCCAGGUCCCCGAGCUCAUGCGUGCGCGGGAUGUCGGGCAGACGAGCAUCAUGGACAACGCGUGCCUGAUCUGCCAGCGGUCCACGGUCGAGAUCCUGCAUCUCAAGGGGCUGGUCGUGCUGCACCGGCGCUAUGUCACGUACAGCCGUCACCACGAGCGUGGCAAUGGGCACGACGCGGACGGCAAUGCCACGAACAGCCAACCGGCAGGCUCUCUCACUCAGGACGAGCAGCAGAAGCAGCAGCAACAACAACAGCACCGUGGAUUCCGCAGGGCGUGCGUUGCUGCCGCGCUGGACAUCCUCGCGCGCCAGGCGGACCUUCAUGCCGCCUGCAGUCCUGACGGCCGGCUUUACCACGACCGAUGGAUGGUCAUCUGUGCGGUGGCGACGAGCGACUACCUCCUCGCCGCGAUGGUGGUGUGCCUGGAUCUCUCUGUGCGCAUGAGGAGCGUGGGUCGCUCUUCCAGUCGUCGGGGGCACGGAAUGCAUAGGCUCGAGAGGGAUCAACGACAGGAUGAAGACGGGGAGCACAAUGAUGGCGACGACGACAACGAUGACUUGCUCAGUGCUCGAGAGUACCAGGCCCUGCAGACGUCGCAUCGGAUCUAUGCUGCCGCGAGCCAAGUGUCCCCUGACGCCCGUGUGGCAGCACAGGCGCUCGGUCUGAUGCUUCGCAAGAUUGCGGAAAGCGACGCCGCGGUGGUAGAGGCGGAUGCCAGUGUCAUAGGAGGCGGAGCCACCGGGCCCACGACAACGACAACAACUUACACGCCCGACGGCAUGGAGUCGACACCUUCCAUGACAUGGGACUAUAGUCCAUCAUCAAUCGCCCAGGCCAAGCCUCAGUUCGAGCCUGUGGAUCUGGUCUAUGACCCGGAGGAGUUGUCGUAUGCGAUUCCGAUGUCCAUGAUGAUUGAUGGGUCGGAGAGUAUCGACUGGGGCCUGCUUGACCAAUUCAUACAGAACAUUGACCCGUCCAUCCAGGACCAGCCCAUGGAAUUGCUCUAGCCUGAGUCAGAGGAUGGAUCAAAUAGUUAUCAUAAGUCUCGCAGGCGAACGAUCUCCCAAAAGGGAUCCGUUAAUUUUGAUCAUGAAUCAUGCCCGUG